GUGAUCUCGGCACAGGUGAAUCAGCUUCCUGCGCUGAAAAAGAAAAGAAAAAGAAAAGCCCUCAAACAGCACAACUCAAGACAGUCCAGCCUAAAUUUAGUUUGAAGACGCCGCCAUUAAUUGUGAACCACAUAAAGUGACUCAUAUGAGGCAGCCAGCUCGUGAAAGAUGACUGGGAUUACUCCCAUGUCUCCUCGCUCCUGUCCCCGUGCCUGUUUACGUUCAUCCGCGCUACGCUCCUCUGGCUCCCAGCCACCUCGCGGUAUUUAUAGCCAUACAGAGGUAAUCAUCAUCACUCAAGGAAUCCUCGCGAAAUCAUCCUCAAACCACCAAACUUGGACUGAGUGAAAGGGCUGAAUUUAGCAUCCACCUGAUCGGGGCUCGCCGACGAUGAAGGCGCGCGCCUCACCUCAAGCAUUAUGCUGAAACUGCCAGGGACCGACCUCUGUGGAGAUGUUCACCAGUUCAGAAAAGUCCCUCUCCCUCUCCCUUACACCCAGCUCUCCAACCAUCGGCGGUCGGCGUGGACAGACUCACGUCCAGUCCUCCCUGUCCCUCCCUGAGCCUGAAGCCUGGAGGCGGUCUAGCCCCGCGGCCCGGCCCGGGCUGGCGCAGGGAGCUCGCUCUUGCUCCCUGCAGGUCCCUCAUGCAGUCCCCGAGUGUCUGGGGCUGCCCCCUCGAGCGGCCAGCUUCGAUGUGCCAUGCGGACAGGAGGAUGGCUCGUCCGAUCAGGGCUCGGGGUCUCUGAGCCCUCACGGUAUGCUGCGGCGGCGCGGGGGACUCGUGGAGCAGAAGGACAUCAUCAUGGCCCACCAGGCUCAUAAAAUACAGAGCACGCCGCAAGCCCGCAGGAAGGAGUGGGAAAUGGCUCGUUUUGGAGACGAGUCAGUUCCCACCGCGGUGGACUCCGGGGAUGGGGACUUGGAGCGAGGCGGUGGCGACGGGCAGGACCCGGCAGCGGCGGGACUGACUGCUUCCAUGAAACAAGCCAAGGCGCAGCGGGCCCGGACCAUGGCUCUGUACAACCCCGUCCCCCACCGGCAGAACUGCCUCACAGUCAACAGGUCGCUCUUCAUUUUUGCAGAGGACAACAUAAUUAGGAAAUACGCGAGGCGAAUCAUUGAAUGGCCACCAUUUGAGUACAUGAUCCUGGCCACCAUCACCGCUAACUGUGUUGUCCUGGCCUUGGAGCAGCACCUCCCCGGAGAGGAUAAGACCCCCAUGGCAAAGAGACUGGAGAAGACUGAGCCAUACUUUAUUGGGAUAUUCUGCUUCGAGGCAGGGAUCAAGCUGGUGGCACUUGGUUUUGUUUUCCAUAAAGGCUCCUAUCUAAGGAAUGGCUGGAACGUCAUGGACUUCAUAGUCGUGCUCAGUGGGAUCCUGGCCACUGCCGGUGCCCACAUGAACAUCCCGGUCGACCUUCGGACCCUGAGGGCUGUUCGGGUGCUGAGACCUCUCAAACUCGUCUCCGGCAUUCCCAGCCUCCAGAUUGUGCUGAAGUCCAUCAUGAAGGCCAUGAUCCCCCUGCUCCAGAUCGGUCUCCUUUUGUUCUUUGCCAUCCUCAUGUUCGCCAUCAUUGGUCUGGAGUUCUACAGCGGGAAGCUUCACCACACCUGCCUGCCAUCAGACGACAUUCUUGACAAUGAGACCGUCGACUCGUCAGAGCUGGCAUUUGCAUGCGGUGUGAGGAAGUGUCCUGAGAAGUACGACUGCAACGAUACCUGGAUCGGGCCCAAUGACGGCAUCACACAGUUCGACAACAUCCUGUUUGCUGUUCUCACCGUCUUCCAGUGUAUCACCAUGGAGGGAUGGACGGCUGUCCUCUAUAACACCAACGAUGCCUUGGGUAUAACGUGGAACUGGAUGUACUUCAUUCCUCUCAUCAUUAUUGGCUCGUUCUUUGUUUUGAAUCUAGUUCUGGGAGUCCUGUCUGGAGAAUUUGCGAAGGAGAGAGAGAGGGUGGAGAACCGGAGGGCCUUUAUGAAACUGCGUCGCCAGCAGCAGGUGGAAAGAGAACUGAAUGGCUACCGAGCCUGGAUAGACAGGGCAGAGGAGGUGAUGCUUGCAGAGGAGAAUAAAAGUUCAGGGAGAUCACCGUUAGAUGUGCUGAAGAGAUCAAGUAAGAAGACGGGUGCGCGGCGAGGAGCACCGGGGGAUGAGAAGUAUACAGACAUGUCUACCGCCAGCAUGUCACGAUCGAGGAUGAAUUUCCGCAGCGGCCGCCGCGGCCCCGCUGCCUACUUGCGACGUAAGGAGCGCAUGUUGCGCAUCUCGAUCCGCCGCAUGGUGAAGACAGACACUUUCUACUUGAUGGUGCUCAGUCUGGUGGCUCUCAACACCAUCUGUGUGGCCAUUGUCCACCACAAUCAACCCGACUGGCUCACCGUCUUCCUCUACUAUGCAGAGUUUGUUUUCCUGGGGCUGUUUCUGGCUGAGAUGUUUUUGAAAAUGUAUGGUCUGGGUUUCCGGCUGUACUUCCACUCAUCUUUCAACUGUUUCGACUGUGGGGUUAUUGUCGGCAGCAUCUUUGAGGUGGUGUGGGGUUUCUUCAGGCCUGGCAUGUCAUUCGGCAUCAGUGUGCUCAGGGCGCUGAGACUUCUGAGGAUUUUCAAGAUCACAAAAUACUGGGCCUCUCUCAGGAAUUUGGUGGUGUCCCUCAUGAGCUCCAUGAAGUCCAUUAUCAGCCUGCUUUUCCUUCUCUUCCUCUUCACUGUGGUGUUUGCUCUGCUGGGGAUGCAGCUGUUUGGAGGGAGGUUCAUCUUUGAAGAUUACACUCCCACCAACUUUGACACGUUUCCAGCUGCCAUCAUGACAGUGUUUCAGAUUUUGACCGGCGAGGACUGGAACGAGGUGAUGUAUAAUGGGAUCCGCUCGCAGGGAGGCGUUCAGUACGGCAUGUGGUCAUCCAUCUACUUCAUAGUGCUCACAUUGUUUGGAAAUUACACGCUGCUGAAUGUCUUCUUGGCCAUUGCCGUGGAUAAUCUGGCCAAUGCACAGGAAUUGACAAAGGAUGAAGAGGAGGAAGAAGAGUUCUUCAACCAGAGAUACGCCAGAGGAAGAGACGGCCUGAUAGCUGACUGCGCGGUGAAUGCAAGGAACCAGACUUUCAUUGGCAGAAGAAGACCCUACCUGUAUCGGAAACGUGCAAUCCACAGGGGGCGGCCUACCUUUCCAGAUGAACCGGAUGGUGCACUGGCUGCUGCAGACGAGCAGCCCCUAAAUGGCUCCAACGCCUUUGCCAACCGCCGCGAGAGGAGGAGAAAAGUUAACAUGUCGGUGUGGGAGCAGAGAGCCAACCAGCUGCGCAAACGGCGCCAAAUGGCGAGCAGAGAGGAGCUGUUUAGCAGCCCUACAGAAGACACCGUCGAAACCCCUACCAUUCCCCAUCACCCCUCCAACCUUUCCCCAGAGGCCAGCCCAGCUCACCUACCUGAAUCACCGAUGUCGGUGGGGAUGCCUCUUCCCGAACCUCCAAUGUCCAUCUCUAUUCCCAUGCCGGAGCCUCCAGCAGCUGAACCUCUGGUAAACCUCAGCGAGGAGAAGACAGGAGGACCAAACCACCGGGCGGCAGGUGGUGGCAGACACAGGAUGGCCCGAAAGUUCAGGUCCAGUCAGGCGCCAGAAGAUGGAGCCCGUCAUAGACGCCACCGCCAUCGCGAGGCUCGUGUUGAGGCGAAGAGUCUGGACUGUACGCAAACGCCACACGAGGUGCUACAUAUCAGAAGGUCGCUCAGCCAGGAGAGAAAAGUACUGGAUGAAAGAGAAGAAAGGGAAGAAAGGGAGGACAAAGAGAGAGGAGAGGAAGAAGGAAGCUCAGUCCACGAUGAUGGGACAUGCAUCGUCAACCCCUAUGCAGAAGUUGGAGAAGAUUGUAUAAGAGCUGCUGAAUGCAGUGCAGAUAUUCCUGAUCCUCCUCAGUGUGAACAGAUAGUGGACAGCACCUGGUCAGAGCAGGUUGAGGGUGGCCACUCAGAUCAGUAUGAGCCACUGUGCCAAAACAUCCCAGUGGAGACUGCUUUAGAGGCCACAGAGUUUACUGUGAGUGCUAUAGAGUCAGAAAACCGUAAGGCAUCCAUCAAAGUCAAGUCUCAAGUCAUCAAGUCUAACCUGGAAGACAGCGUGACCAUCGAAAUGUCUGCACAGCCACUUCUGGAGCUCACACCCAUGACAGUGAACAAUAAAGAGUUGGAGGCAUACCAGUCUGACCAGAAUGAAAAUGAGGAGGAGACAGAGGAGGAAGAACCUCCAAUUCCUCCAAAACCUGUACCUCCAGACAGCAUGUUCAUCUUCAAGGCCUCCAACCCCAUCAGAAGGAUUUGUCAUUAUGUGGUCACUCUCCGCUAUUUUGAGAUGACCAUCCUGCUUGUGAUCGUGGCGAGCAGCAUUGCACUGGCUGCCGAGGACCCUGUGUGCACUAAUUCAGACAGGAACAAGGUCCUCCGAUAUUUUGAUUACGUCUUCACUGGAGUGUUCACCUUUGAAAUGAUCAUCAAGAUGAUAGACCAGGGUCUCAUUCUGCACGAUGGCUCUUAUUUCCGAGACAUGUGGAACAUGCUGGACUUCAUUGUAGUGGUGGGAGCUCUGAUUGCUUUUGCUCUAACAAACAACAAAGGACGAGACAUCAAGACGAUAAAGUCCCUCCGAGUUUUGAGAGUCCUGCGGCCCCUUAAAACCAUCAAGAGACUUCCUAAACUCAAGGCUGUUUUUGACUGUGUGGUCACAUCUCUGAAGAACGUUUUCAACAUCCUCAUUGUGUACCAGCUCUUCAUGUUCAUCUUUGCUGUCAUAGCAGUGCAGCUUUUUAAGGGGAGGUUCUUCUAUUGCACUGACAGCUCCAUGAAUACAGAGAAGGAAUGCCAAGGCUACUACAUUGACUACAGCAGAGACAAAAAGGAGGUGAAGAGGAGAGAGUGGAAGAGACACGAGUUUCACUAUGACAACGUCUGCUGGGCUCUGCUCACUCUGUUCACUGUUUCAACUGGAGAGGGGUGGCCUCAGGUCCUGCAGCACUCUACAGAUGUUACAGAGGAGAACAUGGGGCCGAGUCGGGGGAACCGGAUGGAGAUGUCAGUUUUCUAUGUGGUCUAUUUUGUGGUCUUCCCGUUCUUCUUCGUCAACAUCUUUGUGGCUCUUAUCAUCAUCACUUUCCAAGAGCAGGGUGACAAGAUGAUUCAGGAGUGCAGUCUAGAGAAGAAUGAGAGGGCUUGCAUUGACUUUGCCAUCAGCGCCAAGCCGAUGACCCGCUACAUGCCCCAGAACAGACAGACCUUCCAGUACAGACUGUGGCACUUUGUGGCGUCGCCCUCAUUUGAGUACACUGUGCUCGUCAUGAUCGCCCUCAACACUGUUGUUCUCAUGAUGAAGUACCACUCAGCCCCGGCAGCUUACGAUACAGUCCUGAAACACCUAAACACGGCCUUCACUGUCCUCUUCUCCAUGGAGUGCAUACUGAAGAUCAUGGCGUUUGGUUUUGUGAACUACUUUCGAGAUACUUGGAAUAUUUUUGAUUUUAUUACUGUCCUUGGCAGCAUCACAGAGAUAAUUGUGGAUUUACAGUCGGUGAACACCAUCAACAUGAGUUUCCUGAAGCUUUUCCGAACUGCCAGGUUGAUCAAGCUGUUGAGGCAGGGUUACACCAUCCGUAUUCUGCUGUGGACCUUCGUACAAUCCUUUAAGGCUCUCCCUUAUGUCUGUCUUCUUAUUGCCAUGCUUUUCUUCAUAUACGCCAUAAUUGGAAUGCAGGUGUUUGGAAACAUCAAGCUGAAUGACGAGAGUCACAUCAACCAGCACAACAAUUUUAAGACAUUUUUCAGCGCACUCAUGCUCCUGUUCAGGAGUGCUACAGGGGAGUCCUGGCAGGAGAUCAUGCUGUCCUGUCUGUCAGGCCAGGAGUGUGAACCAGACCCCUCCAUCGCCCCCCUCACUAUGUCUCCGGACCACGAGGGCGGCUGUGGGACCGACUUUGCUUACUGCUACUUUGUGUCUUUCAUCUUCUUCAGCUCAUUCUUGAUGCUGAACCUGUUUGUGGCUGUGAUUAUGGAUAACUUUGAGUACCUGACACGAGAUUCCUCAAUCCUGGGUCCCCAUCACCUGGAUGAGUUUGUCCGAAUCUGGGGAGAAUAUGAUCGACUGGCGUGCGGCCGCAUCCACUACACGGCCAUGUAUGAGAUGUUAACACACAUGUCACCACCCCUGGGCUUGGGUAAAAAAUGUCCUGCUAAGAUCGCCUAUAAGAGGUUGGUGUUGAUGAACAUGCCCGUGGAUGAGGACAUGACCGUCCACUUCACCUCAACUCUGAUGUCACUCAUCCGCACAGCUCUGGAUAUCAAAAUAGCUCGGGGUGGUGAGGACCGUAUCGCACUGGAUACCGAGCUGCAAAAGGAGAUCAGUAUUAUUUGGCCUUAUCUGCCCCAGAAGACAUUGGACCUACUGGUACCUAUCAACAAAGAUACUGACAUGACGGUCGGGAAGAUCUACGCUUCGAUGAUGAUAAUGGAUUACUUCAAACAGAACAAAGCCAAGAAGCUCAGGCAGCAGCUGGAGGCUCAGAAGAGUAGCUUGAUGUUCAAGCGUCUGGAUGCUUCUGCUCUCCCCGAGGACAUUCUGUCUAACCAACCACUGCCAAUGAUGCCACACAGUGCUGGUUCAGCCCUGACCAGGGGAGGCUUUGUGGCUUUGAGCCCCAUUUCACCUCAGGAGCUGUUUUUGCAGCCCAUGAGCUCUGACGUUGAUACCAGUCAACAGAAUCUGGUGGGCGAGUGCAGUAGGGGGAUUGAAGCCCCACUGGAGCUUCCACUAGGGAGGGGCCUGUGUGUGCGGGCCUCUUCCAUGCCUCGUCUGGCUGUAGAGUCGCAGCAGGCAGAGGUUUCUAGUGGCUCCAUGAAGCGAUCAGUCUCCACUGUUGCAGAUCAAUGUGUGAAUGGACUUUGGCAAGAGGAGAAAAGCCCCGAGCGAGUCUAUCGACCUCGUCACAAGAGCUAUAAGGCUGCUGUUUCUCGCUCUGAGCGUGGCGACAGGGAGCGCGGUCGCUCCAAGGAACGCUGCCACCUCCUGUCUCCAGACACGUCUCGUUGUAAUUCAGAGGAAAGAAGCUUGCAGCCCUCACGAUCCUCGAGCGUAGAACGAGCAGAUCCCCAAGAUAAACAGGGCAACAGCUCAGACAGUCCGAUGCCAUCCACAUCUGAGUCCAGCACUCCCAGUGGCCGACGACCUCUAUCGCAAACUCCAACCCGCUCUCGCCCUCACAUCUCCUACUCCCCCCUCGUGUGUCGCACACAAGCCUCCAUCGGUGAAGAUGAGGAUGAACCGGGCAGCCCUGAGACCAUGAGGCGGAGCAAGUCCACACGGAAGAGCCAAGAGGGAGUCCCAGGGGAGAGGCAAAGCGAGGCCACCCGGCGCACAUCCCCACCUCGACGCUACCCUUCUGAGCCCUUCCUGGCUUUGCAAGAGGACGACCACAGCCCAGACCCCUCUGGUCCCAUGGAAACGUUGACCUUCGAGGCGGCCGUGGCCUGCAGCCUGGGACGCUCAAACACCAUCAGCACGGCCCGUCCACGCUCGCGGACUGGCUGGCAAGUCCCCAACGGACACUUUCGAAAGCGUCUGGCACAGACAACCUCAGCCGCUAGUUGUGACCCUCUAAGCGACACAGAGGAGGACGACAGGUGCUAGGGACAGGAGGCGCAACAUGAACGGAGGAAACAGAAUGCCAGAGAGGUGUCACAGGACGCUGUAUGACCGCAUCCAGAGCGAAGGUUAAUGCGACUCUUUCUGCAUCAGUGCUUCAAGGCCGUGAGCCCGCUGGAUGUUUGGUAAAAAAAAAAAAUCCAAAAUGACGAAGAACAAUACUUCCUGAAACUGUAGUUGCCAAUUCACACAGAACACUGACAAUAAAUAAGGUCUAUUUCCUGACUUGUACUUGAUGAUAGAGAGUAAUAAUAUGUCACAAAAAAACAAAUGGAUGGGUCAAAUUAUGUCAUUUGUGUCAAUAGGUAUUUUCAUUUUCUGGAGAUGUUGCUCAAUGAUUCAGUGUUGCUCUAAACAGUAUUUAUCUGUGGGGUGUGUGAAUAUGUAACUACAUUUUCUUAUAAAUCUAUUGUUUUGUAAAUACAUUGUGAUCAUUACACCAUCGCCAUAUAUAAAUUAGACCAGAUCGACACAGCAAGCCAUCAUGAGGAGGCGAUCUGAUACUUACCAGACAAUGUGGAUACUAAUAAGUAACACUCAAUGAUGCUGGAUUUUUUUUACAGUAUGAAUGAAUGUGAGGAGGGAAAACUGCCUGAUUUUCCCCCAUCGUUUUUUCUUUUUGCUAUUGAACAUAAUAAGUUGUGAGAAAUGAAUACAGUUAUAGAAUAACAUAGAAUAUGAUGCUUAUUUGUUAUUUCACCAUGCAGUGUUGUAAAGCCAUGCCACCACCGAACCUCAGACAUUUGCAGACUUUUAAUUAUCCUUUGGAGAUGGUAUUAAACUUUUAUUUUUACCAGUCCAAAAAAAAUCCUUUAAAUGAGAAUUUUCCCCAACCAUAAUUAAACAGGAUGUUUAAUUGUUUGCCAUGAAUACAAAAUAUUUUCAUCUAGUUUCGGUUUUGUUCUGUUUUUUUUAAAAACUGUGAAUAUUACACGAACCAUAUAUGAACACUGCAGACACACCACAAUGCAUUUUGCUUCAAAUCUCCACAUUGCUCUAUUACUUACAAAUAAUGUACAGAGAAAUUAUGCUGUUUGUAUUAUGUAGAGAGAGAGAGACAAAAAAUAAAAACAGUGUCAGCUGAUGAGCUUUAAAGGUAAAGGAAUCCUUGGAAAAUAUUCAUUUUAAGGUUUGUGUAUUUGUUUUAUUUGCCUGAUGAAGGCCAAUUCUGUGAAACUCACUUAACCAAAAACUUGGAGUUCCUGGAAUGCAAAUACUUUGUGGGUUUUUAUGUGUAAAAUAGUUGUAUAUACAAAUAAAGGUGUUCACAAGUUG